GAAAGGCGGCGGCCUGCAGCUUAGGUUGAGCGCAGGCAGAGUGCGGGGCCAAGUCGCUAUUGUUGCCGGAUUGCCGAGGAGAGAAGCCAGCGGACAACGGGGGCCCCGCGGCGCGGUCGCAACGGCAGCCAUGAGCGGCGGCGUGUACGGGGGAGAUGAAGUUGGGGCUCUUGUUUUUGAUAUUGGCUCGUACACAGUGAGAGCAGGCUAUGCUGGUGAAGACUGUCCAAAGGUUGAUUUUCCAACAGCCAUUGGUGUGGUGCUAGAAAGGGACAAUGGCAGCACUCUCAUGGAGAUAGAUGGUGACAAAGGCAAACAAGGGGGCCCGACAUACUACAUAGACACUAAUGCCCUGAGAGUUCCAAGGGAAAACAUGGAGGCCAUUUCACCUUUAAAAAAUGGAAUGAUUGAAGACUGGGAUAGUUUCCAGGCAAUUUUGGAUCACACUUACAAGAUGCACAUUAAAUCCGAAGCAAGUUUGCAUCCUGUCCUUAUGUCCGAAGCACCAUGGAACACUAGAGCAAAACGUGAAAAACUGACUGAGCUGAUGUUUGAACACUACAACAUCCCUGCUUUUUUCUUGUGCAAAACAGCUGUUCUUACAGCUUUUGCUAAUGGGAGGUCUACAGGUCUCAUUUUGGAUAGUGGAGCAACACACACCACUGCUAUUCCAGUGCAUGAUGGAUAUGUACUUCAGCAAGGUAUUGUAAAAUCACCACUUGCAGGAGACUUCAUUACUAUGCAGUGCCGGGAGUUGUUUCAGGAAAUGAACAUAGAGAUAAUUCCUCCAUAUAUGAUUGCUUCAAAGGAGGCAGUUCGUGAGGGGUCACCAGCAAAUUGGAAGAGAAAAGAAAAGCUACCCCAGGUCACUAGGUCCUGGCACAACUAUAUGUGUAAUUGUGUCAUUCAGGAUUUUCAAGCUUCUGUCCUCCAAGUAUCAGAUUCAACCUAUGAUGAACAGGUAGCAGCACAGAUGCCAACAGUUCAUUAUGAGUUCCCCAACGGCUAUAACUGUGACUUCGGUGCUGAGCGCCUGAAAAUUCCUGAGGGAUUGUUUGACCCUUCUAAUGUAAAGGGUUUAUCUGGUAACACAAUGUUGGGUGUGAGCCAUGUUGUCACAACAAGUGUUGGAAUGUGUGAUAUAGACAUCAGGCCGGGCCUCUACGGCAGCGUGAUUGUAGCAGGAGGAAACACUCUAAUUCAGAGCUUCACAGACAGAUUGAACAGAGAGCUGUCUCAGAAAACUCCACCGAGCAUGCGCCUGAAGUUAAUAGCAAACAAUACCACAGUGGAGCGGAGGUUCAGCUCGUGGAUUGGUGGUUCCAUUUUGGCUUCUUUGGGCACUUUUCAACAAAUGUGGAUUUCUAAACAAGAAUAUGAAGAGGGAGGGAAACAGUGCGUAGAAAGAAAAUGUCCUUAAACCUCUUACCAUGAAAACUGCUGCCUGCUCAGUGCUCCCUCUGUUUUAUAGCUUUAGCAUACUCAGGAAUGGGAUGGACUCUUUUUGUAGAAAGUUUAUAUUGGAUUUCUUGCAUAAUUCAAGUUCCAUUUUAACCAACUUUAGAGAUUUUUAAGAGGUCUAAUUGGUACUAUCCUAGAAAAAGGAUGUUUACGUCCCUUGUAAAGCAAUAAUUCAUGUAAUAAGCAUUUUAUAAUUUUGUAUAAAUAUCUAUUUUUCUCUAGUAUCUUUUCCUGGGAACAGCUUUACAGGUUAGCUAAUAGAUGAAGGCAUAACCCUGCACAUGCCCAUGCAAAUUUAUUAAAAAUCUCUUGUCUGCUUUCCAUAUUAGUCUUCCUUGCUGGUACUUUGGCCUUAAAUUGCUCUUAUUUCUCUCUUAAAAAAUAAAACUUGGUCUUUUAUAUUUGA